UAUGCAGCUAGCUACAGCCACUUGCGAAAUCAUGGCCGUAUAAUGUUUUGUGAAGUGCAAUUUGUGUAAUUGGUAGAUAUAAAUACAAAAACUUGACCAAAACCGAAUCGAAGUCCACGUAUAUUAAAAAUGUUAUCAUCACUUGUCAAGGAACAUCAAGCUAAACAAACGACAAGAAAGGAAGUUCAAGAGCAGAAGAGAAAAGAAGCAGUGGCAGCUGCUAACAACUUGACGCAAGCCUUGGUGGAUCAUUUGAAUGUUGGGGUAGCCCAGGCCUACCUCAACCAGAAGAGGCUCGAUGCAGAAGCCAAGCAGCUUCACCACAACGCGACGAAUUUCGCCAAGCAGACCCAGCAGUGGCUGAACCUGGUCGAAGCCUUCAGCGGAGCGCUGAAGGAGAUUGGCGACGCCGAGAACUGGGCUCAGAGCAUUGAAGCUGACAUGCACACGAUAACCAGCGCCCUCGAGUACUCCUACAAAGGUCCGUUGGUGAAGCACUUGUCGGAGAUGCAUUCACGUUUACUUGUGCAGGGUUGAAUACACACCCGGUUAGGUCAGCACUUUGCCAAGUAAAGUAGUUCCUUGAAAUAACAUCUUAUAAAACUAGCAAUUUUUUUUAUUUUGGUGGCUCCUGAAAAUAAUUAAUUUUUGCAUUUGUUAGAAGAGGAUGAUAGUUCCACCUUGCUUGGUGCAUUCCUACAGGUCACAUGGUCUCUAUUUAAGUUUAUGGCGGGGAUACUGAAAGUAGAAAGACUCCAAAAAUCGUUCUUUUAAAUGUGAAUCAGCCUUAGUGAUCAUCCUGUCACUUAUAACAUCCCUGGUUUUUCUUCCAGGUUCUGGGAUUUACAAAUUUUCCUUGGGAGAAUAUUUACUAUUGCUGUAAAUUUUUGUAAUAAUUUUUAGAGAGAUCAAAAGAUCUCACUGUAUGUGACUGUGACAUUUUGAAGACCAAUGUGCUUUGUGAAACCACCAUACUGCAAAAUGAGAAACUGCCUCAGUUUGAGGUGAAUUAGUGGAUAAAAGUAUGCACUGUCUAAUAGUAACAUGCUAUAGUUUGUUAGUUCUGUAGUUUUUGUUUUCUUUCCCCAUUUGCAUUUGCGGGGUAGUUGAGAGAAGGAAGGCGCAAGGGGAGUUGUGCUGGCUUUCCCCCCUCCCCCUUCAGUCUCCUCCCAAGAACGAAUGAGUUGAGGGUUGGCCCUAACAGUUAUUCUAACUUGGGGAAAAAAAGCCUUUCGGCACGUUCUUUACGUGGAUGUUUUUGUUUCCCUUGCCAGUUUAAUUUUUGCACGAGUAACACCGUGUGUCACCACUCACCACCUCCGGCUAGCUCAAAAUUAGGUGCUGAGUGGAACCUACAGGUUAGUAGCAGGUCACGAAGAAAUUUAAAUGCAAUGUUCAAUGUAUUACCUGUUUUUUUAAUUCAUGUAAAAAUCACAAUAUUCCGGACAACAGAACACAAAACAAAAAUUAAACUGUACAUCGAGGAAAGAUCCAACACGGAGCCAUCGCCCAACCACGGCCUGGUCGGCCCGGCGCUCGAACAAUGACCGCUUGGCCCGGUGCUCGGACAAUGACUGACUUUACAGCCUUCCUUUCCUUUGUGUGUGGGCAGUGUCCUGGGCUCGCUGAUGUAACUUUCAGCCAAUCACGGCGCAUAGCAACAGAAACUUCCACGAAAUGCUUACUUCUGUUCCCACGAUGCAGCUAUUUUCUCUCUCUCUCUCACACACUCUCCCGUGACUGUGACUCAAACGCCUAGCGUGUGAAACAAAGCCUCGGUCGUGGAAAUAACGAAGGAGAAUUACGUCAGCAUGCCAUCCCACACAAAAAAGCCAGCAAAAAAAUUACUUAAAAAAUAAACUUAUGCAUUUUAAAAAUAUAAACAAUAAACCCGGUGAAAUAUUUUCACAAUAACUUUGAAAAAGAAAAAAAAACUUUACAUCAUUUGGAAACCUAACCUGAAAAAUGACAAAAAAUUUAUAACAAAUGAUUACUACUGGAUUGCAUGAGGAAGGCUGUAAUCUGGGUUGUUACAACCGGAACCAAACAUUGCAUAGCAAGUUGAGAAAUUUUUUUAAAUAUUGAAGUGAACAUUUGAAUAAUGGCCUAAUCAGAAAAUACAAUGCAAUAAUAUUAAAACCUUAGUUAUUGUUACAUUUAUAAUGAAAUACAUAAUUUGAAUCACUUCAACACUGUAGUCAUAAUAUAUUUAGCUAAUGCCGAGUAAUUUGGGUGCCUAUUCACGAAUAUAAGGGGUGUAGGAGGACGUGUGUACACCUUGCCAUUUAUUAUGUAAUAAUAUUCUUAGGGGUAUCAUAGUGUUAUCACAUCUGAGCGUUAGACAAAAUAAAUUUAGUACACAGUCAUUACUGUACACAGUCACUUUUGAGGUUUUAUAAUUAUUUUUUCUGUUAGGUAUAGUUGUAAUUUUUUAUUGUUCUUACUUGCUAUUUAUAUACAGUAGAACCCUGUUAUAAUGUUUUUCAAGGGGGCAGAAGGAAUAAAAACAUUAUAAGCAGGAAAAAGGUAUCAACAGGACGACAUAUCAAUUUAGCACUUGCCA